AUGUUAGACUUGAUCAACACACCACCGCACAAGAUCGUUUUCUUGGGACCUGGAUGCUCGAUAGCAACCACGCCUAUUGCCGAAGCCGCGCCUUACUGGCAAGCAGUGCAAGUAAGUGGUCGUAACAAAUCAAACAAAAUAAUAAGCAAACAAAUGAAAAAAAAAAUGGAAAUAAAACAAAGAAUAAAAAAAAUGAAAAAAGUGAGCUGUAGGAAAAAGGCAACAAAAAGAAAACAACCUCAACACAACAAAGAGGAGUCCGUUUGUUUUUUCGCAUUUUACUAGAGAGCGUAAAUUAGGCGGAGGCAGCGCGCAGGUUUUUUGUCUGUCAAGGGUGUUGACACGUUUCUCUUUGUUUUCAGAUUGGGUACAGCGCUACUUCACCAUCGUUAUCAAAUAAAGAGAAGUAUCCCCUUUAUUUUAGAACAAGUACUUCAGAAAUAAUGGAAAAUCCAGCUAGAGUGGCGUUACUCAAGUACUUUAAAUGGAAAAGGGUAGCUGUCAUUGUACAGCAAGCGGACAUUUUCGAGUUGGUAAUUAAAAAAGGAAGUCUAAUAUUCAUUAGUUUGGCUGCUUUUCGUUUUUGUUUGACUGGAAUAGUGAGUUGUGUCAUUUUGUCAAGUUAAGUAUAAUCGCAAAAUAUAAUUGCCUGUAACUUCAAAACACUGAGUCCAUCUACACUGCUCGCCAUAGCAAGAUCGGGUUGUUGCGACCGUUAAAUACUUCUACAUCAGUACUUCAGUACUUCUACAUCAUAGCUCUUAUUCUGGAGCAUUCUCAUUCUGGCUGGUUUUACACGCGGUAAUAAUUCUUGACGUCUGGUUUAAUGGAGCACUUUCAUGUAAUGGUGGAAGUGCCUUUCUCUGCCUGUGCACUUCAAUUCGAUCUUUUAAGAGGAAAGCUAAGGAAAGGAAAGACCUAACCAUUUUUAAAUGGUUUAAAAAUCUUCUUAAAAUCUUUCUUAAGUCCAAGUGGAGCUAGAGUUGAGCCACAAGAAAGAAUCGAAAAAUUCAAGGUCAUGGUUAUUGAAGAAAAAUGUCCUUGAUUCCUGAAUUUACAAGGCGGGCAAGGACACAAUAAUUCCUAUUUUGAUUCCUAAAGGUCACAUUGGAGGGUGGUGCGAUUAGUGGUGACAUUUUAUACAUGUUUUUAACAACUCAACUUCUUUUGUUAUGCACAGACGGUAGAUGACCUUAUCCCGAUGCUGAUGGAAUCGAACGUCACUGUAAUAGCAACAGAAAGCUUCCAAAACGAUCCAUCCUCGUCGGUUAAAUAUCUUCUGAAGGUAAAAUGCAUAACAGCAAUGAAUCUAGCUUUAUGCAUGUUUAAACUAUUGUGGGAAUUCUUCUUUAGCACUCUGAGCGCUCCAAAAAAUUGGCCCCCUUUCACUUGCAUAUUUUCCGUAUACAUAAUUAGGAAAAUACAAGUGACUCGACAAAUAUUCAUUGUAUGUCACAUGAAACCACUCUAGUAUAACUAAUUUAUUUGUCUUUAUUGUUGUUGCUAAGUUGCGCUAAUUAUAGAUUUGUAUCUUUAAGAAAAGAGAUGCCAGGAUAAUUAUUGGUUUGAUGUAUGACGGCAUGUACAGAAAAGCCAUGUGCACGGUAAGUAAACAGGGGCGGAUCUACGGGGAGGGUGCAGGGGGUGCGAACCCCCCCGAGAUGACCUGCGGUUUUCUAAUACAACUGGUAUUCUGCCCCCCAAAAAAACUAUGUGGUUUAUUGGUGUUAAAGUAGAGUAAGAGACGAGUGCAGCCCUCCUAAAAAAAAUCCUGGAUCCGCCCCUGGUAAAACAUUUUUCGCUUUGUGAAAGUUUCGAACCCAGGAGUCAUUCCAUAAGUAAGCAUGAUCGACCGGGUGAUCGUAGUCCAGAACAGGACUGUUAUUGACAGUGACUGGCAUUUCAACAACCUGUGCGCCAGUAUCUUCGAAAGUGUUGCAUUGUCGCGCGGACGCGGUCGCUAAGCUUGAAUAUUCACGUCGCGUAUUACACCUGGUAGUUCGCGGUCAUAUCGAAGCGUAAAGGUCAACAGUGUUUGUUGAUGAGCGAGCGAUUCUUGUGCAGUUGCGAUGGAUUUUGUGGAGCAAGCGAGCAAGGAACCGGAGCACACGUUACCUGCAGAUUAGCCGAUGGCAAUUUGGAGCGGAUUCGUCUAUUAUUCUCCAAUUUAUAGCGCUUCGCGUGAAGGCGCGUGGAGAUGGUCCGUUUGUUUUGUAGCCAGCCUUUAAUUCUUCUUUAGUGGAUAGUACCUACAAUCGCAAAACUCAACAAAAUGCCACUUUAACCGGCCAGGAAAGACAAGGAUACGUUCCGUUAAAGGUAUCUUAGCUUUAUUUUGUUACAUUUUGAUUUUUGGACUAUUUUAGUUCAUUGGAGUUUCGACGACUCAUCGCAUUAAUUUGUCCAUGUGAAUAUUAAUAUAUUCAUUCAGUGACAUACUACGUCUGGGUCGCCUGUGGGUCAUUGCACGCGUGCUGAACAAGAAUGCUGUAUAAUGACGGACUAGAAACAAUAGACAACUCCCAAAGCACAAACUCAGCCAAAACGCUAAAAAUCUUCAAUGUUUACUCAAGUUUGGGCUUAUAGAAGAUAAUGUCACAGUUUUUCAAUGACCAUGAAAUUCGGAGUCCGGGUAGUUAGUUAAUCAAUUGUGGCCCUGAAAAAAUUUGAAGGAAAAAAACUACGAAGUUUUAAGAAAAUGCUUUUUUCGUGAGAAGGACUCUUAAACGCUGACAAACGUCAACAAAUAGCGAAAACUAUAAUUUCUAUAUGUUUGCUUUGCUCGAAAUCGCGCGCAUUUACAAGGCCCUAAAGCGUUUUCCUGACUUGUAAGGACCCAUCUGUUGUAACGAAGCCCAAAAUAAAGAGAUGAAUUUCAUAGUUUAUUAGAUAUAAUCCGUGUGAAGUUUGCUUAUCGUUUUCGCAUAAAUUAUGACCUAAAUUUGGAAACCGCUGAAUUUCUCGAAUUGGGUCUUUGCGAUUUUGGUGAAACUCUGUUCAGCGCAAGGCACUAAUGCGCACUAUGUGUAGCCGAGAGAUUUUCACGAAAAAAUGCCGGCAACAGCAGAUUUUCGACUCAGACCUCAAAGGGGCGUGGCAUUAUAAUCACGUGACAUUUACUCCGAUCACCAAAAAUUUUAUGUUAUAUUGUAGAUUGAUCUAUAUGUUAUCCAUUCUAUGUGUUAGACUUACGAUAAAAGUAAAGGCGGGGAUACCAGAGAGCCUCAAAGUAGGAUGGUACACCCCCCAAAAAACUGGGUCGAGUCACCUUAAUUAUUCGGUAAGUUCUUGAGACAACAUUGGUCCGAAAUGUGUAUAGAUUUUUUAAAUAAAGCUGAGUUAAAGUAUUAAGUGUCAAAAAGUCCACAAAGCGGUAAAAAAUACAACAAAAGUCACGAGUAACCUAUUCCGUGUUCUGAAUUUUACGCAGCGAUUUAUGCGAUUUAACGAAUUGACAAUUUUUAAUCCAACGAUACCCACCCGAGACUGUGUUAGUUUAAGAGUCCAUAGAACUUCUCAGACGUUUCCUCGGAAAGACCUCCAGAAGGAAAUGAAUGAAAAAUUUGAACUUAUAACUGAGACAAUUUCACUUGCCGCAACGGCAAAACGAAAACAACUGUCGAACUGCCACAGGCAAACUAGCUUUCAGUGGAGUCAUGCAAAGCAUGUCACGUCACGUAAUUCUGCCCCGUGCAUUUGGGAAGGAGGGAAGAAAUUCUUCCAUGCUGUGCGCUAAAACAUUUAUGAAAAAAAAAAACAAGCUUUGGAAUGUGUCUUUUGCGACUAGUUAAAGAAAAGAAUAACUUUUUCCCCUGUUUUUGCUCGAGGGGCGCUGUGCACUUCUUUUAUUUUAUCUGCUGUUUAUAAUGAUUGUGUUUCACGUUCAGAACGUGCAUCUAUCUAGCAAUUAAUGCUGUAGAAAAGAUAUGAAAGGGCACCAAAGCAGUGGCGAAUCCAGGGGGAGGGUACGGGGGGUCCGGACCCCCCAUCAGACCCGAUACCUGAUUGAGAGUAAAAUCCUUACAACGAUAGGAUUGCAUGUCACUGUUUAACUGGCUUAAUUUUUUUAAUGAAACGCGUGUUGUAAUUUUCCACUAAACUAAAUUCCAGGGAUAUUAAAAAAUGUGAUUGUAAUUGGUUACCCUUCAAUGAUCCGUUCGCUUCUGCUCGCAAAGCAGUAUUUCCCGCGCCAGUGGCGACUGGUUUUCACAAAUUGAGAAACACGUAGUCGUCUCUGCCUUCUCAUUGACUAGUGGGAGGGGGUGUGGGGGAAAAGUAAUUUGCUACAAAAAAGUUCAACAGUCCUUUCUGAACCAAAAUUUGGACCUUCUUCCCCCACCGCCCCAAUGAAAAAUUCCUGGAUCUCCCCCUGGCAAAGAUGUUACUCGGAGUUCGCAGCCAAUCAAGGCUUAUGCUGGCGCGUGCAAGUAAAUCAAUUUUUUUCGAGUUAAGAGGAUCACCUGAAGGACGAAAAACAGUAUAAUUUUAUUUAUGUAAUAUCAAAAUUGUGCCUUAUCAUGUGUAUCCUAGAGGAACAAGAGACAUAUUUGUUGAGAGCCUUUCUAAUCAUUCGGUUUCCUGUGGUUCGGUGGUUCCUUGCGUUGAAACAUCGAGACUAAAAGCCAACAACAGGGAAUGAGCUCUUCGGAAGCCAAUGAACUAGUGGCCACAUUUGGAUCUCAAAAAAAGAUUUGGACAGGUUGAAAGGACAAAAUCGAAGGAAGUGAUCGGCGAAAAGAGAAAAGAAAGCCAGUACAAACAAACGAUAACAUAUGAUAUCAUUUUUUCCGAUUUUAGUCCGUUUGGAACACGAACCUUUGUUGUGGGCUGAUACUGUGGGGUCGUUACCAAAACUGAAUUUAAAACUAAAGUACAUAAUUAUAAACAUAAUCAGUGAUUACAAAGGUAGUCUAAUAAACCUGAACUGACGCAAGUAAGGAACCAAAAAUAACGACCUGGCCCUGGUUGAUCAAACGACCGAUCAUUUUUCUAACGGAUACCGUGUGGAACGACAUUUUUGGGGGAGUUUAUUUUUGCGGAUUAGCGGUUUUUUGUGUUUUGUGAGAACUAAUUUUGCGAUUAGGACAGACUGGUUUUUCUUGCUGGAGAUCAAUUUUUGCGAUUUCAGAAAGUGCCCAGUACCUAGCACUGAUAAUAUUUUUUGUCGUUUUUAUUGAGUACGUGCAAUAGAAAUACAUAUUUUCAAACAAUACUAAGUGUGCGUCAGUAUUUUUCUGGAAAAAAGAGACCUGCUGUGAUUGAAAGGCACGAUUUCUUGGUACUGUAUUCUUGUGUAGUGAAUUUAAGUUAGAGCAUACAGUAUUUCCUCUGGAGUAAGUUUUUGCGGGAAAAAUUUGUGCGGUAAUUUUUAUUUGCGGGAACUUAUUUUUGCAAAGUAAUGACAGUCACGAAAUUCAGCCGUGAGUGAAAUAGUGAAAAUGACAAGAAGACACAGGGGAAAAAAUAAUAACAGAUCAGUCCACCAGUCCAUUGGGUUUAAAAUUGUUUAGCCUGGUGCUUUUGUGUAAGCGAACGGGAAUGACACAUUUAUUUGUUCUGGAGGGAUGAAUGUUUUUUAAAAGCACGGUUCAUAGCAAAAAUUUGCCAAAACUUUAACCGAGAGCCAUUGCUAGAUUCUAUGGCAUUUUUUCUCUUUCCUUUUUUUUCUAGUUCUGUUUGGUCACAUGAACCGUGAUGUCAGCUUUUUAAGUGAAGAUAAGCAUGUUUAGGCUGUUGUGGACAUGUCUCAUAUUAUCUCAGUCGUGACUGAUGAAAGGGUAUGUUCCUUUCGGUGAAUCCAAAAACGGAUUUUAGAUCUAAGAACGGAUUUCGUGUUCCUUUCGCCAAAUCCAAAUCCGGAUUUUUGAUCUGGUGAAUCCUUUUUGAAAAAGGAUUCAUUAGAUUUGAAAUCCGAAGAAUCCAAAUCCAGAUUAACGGAUUAGUGAUCUACGCUGUUCCAUUCACAGUGGAUCCGAAAUUAGUCAGAUGAUCCAGCGGUAUUUCCAGUUGAAGUAUUCCCAUAGAGGCCGUAGAGUUUCCUCGUUGCUGUCAUUUGUCGCAAAACAUCUGAAAACACUAGACGAUUGUCCCUGGUACGUUAAAAUAUCCAUAUACUAACCAUUUGUCUCUAAAAAUUGCUUGAAAUAAGAAACAAGUACAAGUAACAAAUGAACUGCUAUCUAACUACAAACUCGCUUGUAGACGCGACAGGCACUCGAUCGUGUUACAUAAAAAUAUCCGAGCUAUGGAACUGGAUCAACUAGAUAAUUUUCAAUUUUAAUGCGCUUCUUUCUUUGUCUGUUUUAUAUGUUUCAUCGUCGCUAUUCGAACUGCCGACCACUAUAUUCUGCACGGUAUAAUCGCAUAAUUUGUCAAACAGUAGAAAACACGUCAUUUCUUGAGAGGCUGUCGUGCAUAUUGCACGCGUUGGCGAAAGGUUACCAAGGUUACAAAUCCAAUUUCGGAUUUCACGUUCCUUUCGACCGCGAAAUCUGGCAAAUCUAGGAUCCAAAAUCCGUUUUUGGAUUCGCCGAAAGGAACACACCCUUUAUUACACUUGGGUUCAAAUGUUAUUACGGAUAGACCUUUUUUACACUUGGGUCCAGUUAUUACAUUUGUGCCUUCCACAAGUUCCACUGACAAGAAAUCCGGAUCCCAGAAGUGAAUUUGGCCUAAGAGGCAACCAAACAGUUAGCCUCCUUGAUGGCAUUUUCAGGGGAGUCAUAUUUUCCCAUUUAUACCAGUCUGUAAAUAAAGCGAAGGUCAAAUGAGAAAAUUGAGGCUAACGUUGUUGAGAUCAAAGAUGAAAAAAAAAUUCCCAUUUUUCGUUUGUGGGGAUGCUCAUCAAGUCCAAGAUUAUAUCGGCGGAAGAGGCACCUUUGCCCUCAAGCGAGGACAAAGAUGAAACAGUCCAAAUCUAGUUUUAUUUCAUAAAUGUUUUAGGACACAGCAUGGAAGAAUUUCUUCCCUCCUUCCCAAAUGCGCGGGGCAGAAUUACGUGACGUGAAAUGCUUUGCAUGACUCCACUGAAAGCUGGUUUGCCUGUGGCAGUUCGACAGUUGUUUUCGUUCAUUGCCGUGGCGGCAAGUGAAAUUGUUAUAGUUAUAAGUUCAAAUUCUUCAUUCAUUUCCUUCUGGAGGUCUUUCCGAGGAAUCGUCUUAGAAGUUCUAUGGACUCUUAAACUAACAUAGUCUCAGGUGGGUAUCGUGGGAUUAAAAAUUGUUAAUUCGUUAAAUCGCAUAAAUCGCUGCGUAAAAUUCAGAACACGGAACAGAUUACUCGUGACUUUUUGAUGUAUUUUUUACCGCUUUGUGGACUUUUUGACACUUAAUACUUUAACUGAGCUUUAUUUAAAAAAUCUAUACACAUUUCGGACCAAUAUUGUCUCAAGAACUUACCGAAUAAUUAAAGGUUUGGCGCCUACCGUAAUUCGCAUUUGGUUGUGCUUCGGUCGGAGGUCACGUUCUUUGGCCCGUUUUUAGUGUAAUAUUUACAUUUGCUUGGCUUUGUCAGCGCUCGUGAUUUCAUUUACCCAAAAAUUUUAUUUCGCUAAUUUGAAGAAAAAAGAAUGCUCUUUCAGAAUAAACAAGCCUUGGUGUUCAAAGCCAUGUACCAAUCCGCUUUUUUAGCUCGUGAAAAAGUGCUAAAUGUUGACGGUUGAUUAAUCUAUUUUGAGUCAACAACUUUGAAAAUUUCUUUAAAAAUCUCUUGUUGACCAAAUCGCGAACUAAUCAGUUAAAAUUAUACAGGAAAGAUAGUAAAAAUCCGAAGUGUUAUUAUAUUUUAGUUGUCAACUUUAUUUUAAAAUUUACGAUUUACUGAAUAUGACUCUAAUUUCGCAUGAUUUUUGCCCAUUGUAGGCCUCGGGAAGAAAAAAAUUCGUCAAAAAAAUAUCAUUCACUCGAUCGUACUUAAACCAACGAUUUUGUAACUAGGGCCCAUAGGGCUUUAUUCUGGCUGAGUUUGAGGCCAGGUCAUUUUUGGACUAUUUCCACGUCUAGUUGAUAUUUACGCGGAGUCGCUCUAUAAGCUUAUAAUGAAACCUGAUACUCGGUCAGAUCAUUGUCUCAAAUCUGAAAAACGUGCGUAAACAAAUAGCCGCAUAAACUACGCUCUACUUCAUUAAAUUAGAUAUAAAAAACGAACGUCAAAUACAAUAACUACUCAGGCUUACCAUUCGAGAUGCACUGAAAACUAUCAAGUAAGGCCGGAAUCGCUUCAGACUUUUCAACCCUCUUACGCGUCAAGCAAGGUGAUCAACGAAAACGAUGCCAUUCCGAAAUCGGAUAUCCGACUUUGACAAGCGAAGUAUUUCUAAACCAAAAACCCAAUAAACAAACUAGCCAUGAAUAACAGAAGACUCUUGAUAGCAGCUGAAUUUCACUUUGUACACUCAGUGGAAAAAGACAGUUAAAAACAUCACAAGUUGACACAAAACUCUGUCAGUUUCAGCUGUCAAAGUAGACAAGUUUCAAGAUGAAUGCCGCAUAAAUUUUUCUGCAUGAACUCACCUGUCAAAUCUUGACCAAUCAUAGCAUAAUUAUUGGAGGUAGAGCGUGACCAACGCGUGACCUUGGUGAGAAAAGUCAAAAGCAACUGGCAUGACUUCCCUGCCUGUAAAUACUGGCUGAAUUUUAGCUUCCGAGGUCAGUUUGAAAUCAAAAAUUUAAUUGUGCGGCACAUAUAAAACACAACAUAUUUCAUAUGAAUUUAAAAAUAUUAACCUUGAGCCUGCGAUCAUUUGAAAACUAGUAACUUGUUAGCGGAUAACUUCAAAAAGAUACUCGACCUCGAUGGGUCGACACCUGAGCCCGCGAUACGGUCAGGUGAUACUGGUCAGCGCUAUCCUGUUUUGACAGCUGUCAAUUGAUCACGACAUUGAUGUGCAAUAUGUGUGCAAUAUCAGUCUUCCUGUGCUCCCAAACUAGCUAGAAAGUGUGAGAUUGAACAUUGGUUGCCCUGUGGUGCGGACGGACGGUCUCUCGGUCGGGCGGUCGGUGUACGGUCACAUGAUUACCAAACUUUCUCGGAUGGGUGGUUUACUUCAUUUUCUUACCUAUGGAGCUCCGCUGCGUGCGCUUCGCGCGCGGGAGCUCCUCUAAAAUUAACGAGCAUUUAAACGCAACAAUUGCUUUGAAUCAUUUUCAUGUAUAAUUAAUUUGUUAUUAUAAUCUGACGUGAGAGCCUCUGAGCAAUUGCAGUGUCUCACCGUAGGACAGAUGAAAUAUCAUGCGUUAAGAACUGAUAUUUUCCAAUAUAUGUCCCACGACUGUGUAAAUUGUAAUAAAUUAACGACAGAGGGAAUCACCAUCUUUUUUCUAUAGUUUAAAUUUAUGUUGUAUUGCCGGGACCUGGCUGCCUGGAUGUCUCACCUAAAAAGUUGACUUUCUCCUAGGCUUAUAGAGAGCAGCUUUAUGGAAACAGAUACGUAUGGAUCAUUGUUGGAUGGUAUCAAGAUGACUGGUGGACAAUAAAAGAUGUGGAAUGUAAAGGGAAACAGCUAAAAAAAGCCGCUACAAACGUGAUUGAAACUCGUCCAAUUUUGCUCAGUAUGUCACGUGAAUCUACAAUAUCUGGUAAGGUAAGUGCUUUUGGAAUAAUGAACACUCCUUCACUUUUCUCCGACCAUUUUCAUUCACUCGAUGGAGUUUGCUCAACAGCUAAUGGACAAAAGGACUAAUGAACUAGCGAUGGUGGUGAAAGACAUUCGUGCGUUAAGGGACUCAUUCGAGCCCUGAUUGAAUGAAGUGUGAUGGAAAUUUGCAUGGACCGAGAUUAAAAACUCUAGUGUUAAAAAAUAUAAGUCAGAACAGUUUAGAACUUGGAAGGACUUGGACAGAGACAAUUUUCGUUUAUUCGAUUAAUAGUUUUUGAAUUCGCUUGGUAGUUUUUUUGUGAAUUUGAAUUCGGUCAAAUUGUAAAAUUCGUAGCUAAGAAUUUGUGUACAAUUUUUGAAUAUAGUCCAUUCUCGUGAACAGCUUCUUGCCUUGUAAGUGUGUCCUUACUGCACUAAAACCACUGCCUGUUUUGGUUGCAAAGGAUACAUGUUGUGGUUCAAUUUUAUCCUCGGUUCAAAUUAUGUUCCUUUGUUGUAAACGUUUUGCCAUACACCACCUUACUCGAAAACAACGGGAAAAAUAUUUUGAACCAUGGAUAAAAUUAAAAUACAUCAUGUAUGGGGGUAUCGUCGCUUUGAAGUUUAUUUUGUUUGUUUCAAACUGAGCCUGAUCAUAUCCAAGGAAAACAAAUUGAACCACAGCAUACCCAACACAUUUAUGAUCAGGACGGAAGAAGGGAAGGUAGGAAGGAUUGAAGGUAGUCGCAACAACAAGAUUGAUUAGAAGCUGCUAUAUUAUAGCCCCUAGUCGUUUAAAACAUAUUCAGCGAAUAACUAGUAUCGCACAGGACAACGCAAUUGGUUGCCCUAACAAUGCCCUAAAACUGAUUCACUGGAUAUAGUGAUUUAUUCGAUGGGUAGCACUAUCCAACUUUUUAAAAUGACAACUGGUGCCAGAUAUCGGGUAGAUAUUGAUCUGUGGCUCAAAAAUGAUGAAGAAAAAAAGUAUUAGAAUUACAUUUCAGACUCCUAGACAACUAGACGCAGAGUACAAAGAGCGUCUUGAGCGUUUGAACAUCAGCCACCACCUUUGGUCUUCUUUCACUUAUGAUGCUGCCUGGAGCAUAGCUCUAAUGUUGAACAAAUCUAUUCCACUGCUGCGAGAAAAGAACAAAACGCUGGAAGGUAUGGAUUACGGCGAUGCAGAUGGUGCUAAGAUGAUGAGAGACAUCCUGUUUCGAACAGACUUCUGGGGCAUGUCGGUAUGUUAACGUAUUUGUGGAACCAUGAUUAUAUCCUUAUUAUUCGUAAAGUUCGUAGAGGGUCCUGAAGGGGUAAAAUGGAAACUGGGAUUGGCCGGUUUUGGCCCUGGGAAAAUGGAAUUUAAGCCACUGGGACUGGGAUUUGGUCACUGGGAAUGGGAAUAAAAUGUCAAAAAUGGGAAUGGGAUAAAUAGUUUGGAACCAUGACUAGUGGAGGCAUCACUUAUUUCCUGGAGUUAAGAAACGUCAGAAAAUUGCUAAUGCACCUUGUCGUAGUCAAUUUUUAGCAUUUUUAUCUAGGUUUCCCCCGAAUGGCCCCGAUUUGCGGUCAACGAUAUUUGUGUACAGCGGUGCGUGUAAAACCAAAAGUCUGCAUGGCAUGUGUAUUUGUAUGAUAGAAACAACAUGGCGGAGCUGCGGUGGGAGCAGAAUUGACAACUCGCACUGUUGUCGUAGAAAUUAAGUACUUUUGUGCUAAAAAUGUAGUUAUACACACAGAAAACUGCAAAUUGAAUUUACUGUUGGAUUGUUCAACAACUCAGAUGGAGAAAAAUAUACGAAAAAUGUGUGGCGUAGAUGAAUCGAGUAGACGAGGGGGAUUUGCAGAUUUUGCUCUCGAAGUGUUUUACAUCGACUUCAUUGAAGCGGGAUGUUCACGAAAAGCCCUCUUCGUCAUAAGAACUAAAGAUCAGUGAGAAAUGUUCCAGAAGAGCUCCUGCCAAUGGCAGGUUAGUGUUUACGAUCCUAGCCACCAGUAUUUAAACAGUCUGCUUCGCUCUCUGUUGCUAAGACUUUAGCAUAGUAGCAACUGACGAGGAAGGCUAUAGUUCCGAAACUGCAGUCUUGCUUAAGAAUUCUUAGCAGUCGCAUAGACGACUGUUAAGCAAAAACUUAAGUAAAUACCUACGAAGGAACAACAAGACAUCGCGCUCUAGUUCAAAGACUCACUUAUGUUAAGAAAAACUAAAUGGGCUGUGUGAGCGCUAAGAGAAUUAUCUUGACUGACGCACGGUAUAUUUCUCCGAACUUGGUGUAGCUUUAGUUUAAGCUACAGCCUACAACUCAAAUCUGAAGAUCGCACUAUCCGUGGAAAUUCAAAAUCCUCCAAACCACACUAUAGAGCUGGGCCCAGAGUCAUACUGACAUGGCAGGAAAUAAUCACAUUCACGGACAAAGAAACUUGCAUGCAUGCAUGUAGGUAUUCAGAAACAGUCAUUUGGGAGAAAACCAAAACAACUAAAAUCUCUAUUCAGCCGUAAUAAACAGAGGUCAAAGGAUAUAAAACACUUUACAACUGAAAUCAAAUCCUAUCAGGGACGCCUACAAAAGCACAAACCACAGGAAAUGAUUACUCAGUAUGCAUGUAACAAACCGGCUUCAUGACCUCUAAAUAUAAGACUUAGUGCGGCAAAAACAAGAUUUACUCAGUCAAAGUUUAGAAUGCUACAAGUCAUGCACUGUGUAGUGCUGAUAACCUUCGCGUGAGAGAAAAAACGAAAGAGAACCACUGUUUAAGCAGACUCUCAAGGUCACGUUUCACAUUAUUACGAGCUUAUGAGUCGUGUUUGGCCUGUCAACGCUUAUUUCUUACUACGCUCUUGAAACAAUGAACAUGAUCCGUCCGACCAGACUGGGAAGAGUAAGAACACUUACAAGUCGGAUGGCAGAUUUCCUGCAGGCAGGAAUGGCAGGAAUGUUAAGUGGCAGGGACUAAUCGCUAUAAACCCGCUACUUGAAAGUUUUAUUACUGUCUGAAAUGAUCCUGUUAUCUUCAGAACAUUUUUGUAAAUCCUUGUGAAUUUUUGUGUCUUUGUUGGGUCGUAUUUAGAAGCCGUAAUUUUGCGGAUGCGAAGCGAAAAGAGGUGGUAUGUAUAGCACUGGGAUUUUUUCCAAAUUCUGCUAGUGGGAAUGGGAUUUGAACACUGGGAAGUGGGAUUUCGAAAAAGAAUGGGCUGGGAAAUGCGACUGGUACCCCCCUUUCAGGACCCUCUUCGUAGGGACCAGCAUUCAGUGAUACAAAAAUGACUUAUUUGCAGGGUCGUGUCUCAUUUGACGAAGAUGGAAACAGACAAAGUCUUGUCCAGAUUACUCAGAACAAACGUAAGUGAAGAUUGAAAUUGAACACGGAUCUUUGGUCAAGAGAGUGGUUAAAGCGCCUCUGAUCAAUAAUAUGCUUAAAGGCGUAAUAUCAUUAGAGGAGCAAGGAUUAGAAAAGUCGGUUAGAGCGUGGACCUUCUAUGCGGGAGUUUUGACCUUGAUACCCAAGCGUGACCUCAAAUCCUUGUUUCGACUUCUGUCCUGUUCGUUUAGCUUUAAGUAGCUUUUUAAAAAUAGUCUUAGCACGAAGCAGUGAUGAAUAGAGGAGGUAAAACAAGCGAACCGCUGGCCUCAGGUUUGCCAGUUUAAGUACUGUUACUAGUAACCGACCCUUUGGCUUUUUAUUAUUAAUAAUAAUUAAUCGUCAUUAAUAUAUAAUUGAUAAAUUAUGUAUACGUAUGUUCUUAACUUAUUUGUACUCUAGCCUGAAGGACGCGACUGAUGUCUAAUUAAUAACUUGAAUGAAAGAGAGAAAGGAACGCUUUCUUAAAGAGACUUUUAUUGCUGAUGGAAAGUUUUUUAAAAAUGUUCACGCCAAAAUAGUGUUCCUGGACCCUCUGUUACUCCUUUAUCUUUAAUUAAUUGAUCACAUGAAGUUUCAGAACGAAUUAAUUGCAACCGAGCAAUGACUUUGCGCUAAAUAAGCAACAAAUAACCCUGUUACAAAUAUGUCUUGUUACUUGUUCAAUUUCUUAGGUGGCAUGAAACACGUUGUUGCUAAGUUUGAUGUCCGGGAUCGAACGUUAACCCUUUGUAACGAGAGUUUUGUGUGGGAAGGUAAGAAGCUGCUAUAAUGCGUGAUGGAUGAGGUCUCAAUGGGGUAGUAGCUAUGACGGUUGGCGGAAAUGUUAACCCUUUUUGGCGGUUGACGGUUAAAUUUUAGGCCGUUUGACGGUUAACCUAAUUGAAACCCUUGUGGAUUCUUGCAUCAUCAAGCCGCCAUAUGGAUCUGCAUGAAAAUCUUGUUUCCUUUCUAUUUUAUAAACAUUCAGGCUUCGUGUGACUAUGCAAAUGUACAUUUCAUGCUUGUAAGCUCAUUGUUUGCUCUAUUUAUUUUAGGUGGUCGUGUUCCAGCAGACGGUGUAACGAUCAUUCAAAAGGUGUCACAGGAAAGCUUUUACGUAACAGUCGUUUUCUGGGUUUUGUGCAGCUGUGGAAUAAUUUUCUGCUUGUGUUGUUUGAUUCUGAACUUCAUUUACCAAAGAAACAGGUAAGAAAGACAUCAAAAGGCGUUGGAACAAUGAUUGGCGACUAAUUGUCUGUGGAUGUUCUUCCCUUUUUUUUUGGAACAAAAUAGUUAGAUAACUGUUCUUAAGCGCGUUGCCUCUCAAUUGAUAAAAAUUAUCUAAUUGGUAGGGGACAGGUCUAGCAAUACGGGAAUUUCCGAUGACAAACGUUGCCAGUAUAAAUUUCCACCCAAAGAAUCGGCAGUUCACCUUCCAACAGUGACUCCUUUAGGGUUAAACUCCUCAUGUCGAUAUUUUUGUCUUAUAGAGAGCUCUGCGAAUCGUUCAAGGCAGGGAAGAAACAAAAAGCUAA